GCUAGCGCUUCUGUCUACUGCGAUAACGAACCCGUUGCUCCAACGUUGCGCGGGCUUGAUUGUUGAGCUGCAAGCCAAUUGCGUGAGACUUCAAACGCUUCCAUUCGCAACGACGCUGCAGCUGACAGGAGGUUAGCCAACCAAACCAGGCUAGUCGGUGUGGUCCGUAGGGGAACGCUUACAUACCAUGGCGAACCUCCAGACUGGCCUUAGCCUCCAGCACCAAUGCGGACACACCUGCUGCGUGGUGCACGAGUUUGGAAACAUGUACCGCUGCGUCAGCUCUGGCCUGGUGCACAUCUGCGAUUCCACAUGCAAUCAACGGCUAUAUCGCGAUAGGUAUAGCACAAUAUGCCGUAUUAGCAAGAAGUUGCAUCCUCCGUUCGAGCAAGCUGGCAUGGAUGUUGAGGCGGAACCACGGAAGCGCACGGGCGACGAAGGACUUGAAACAAACGACUCUUGGAAGCGGCGUGCUCACACACCGGUGUCUUGCUAAGGAGCUGCGCGCCGUACCACGUUCUCGAUAAGGCGGGACGCCUCCAGCAAUACCUGUAGACAGCAGGUUCCAGGACGCUGGGUGCAGGCGAACUUAUAUUCCCCCUGGCUGUAUGGAAACUCUGUGCGUGGACCCCACACGAGAUGCCUGAUUUGGGAAUGGGCUCACACGUUCUCGUGUAACAAGGAUCGCGGGGUAAAGAGGAAAUGGGGAAUCGCGGGGGUUUGCAAGGUUGGCGUAGGGGCCACAGGGCAGUAGAGCCAAUGCAGACUUCGGUGCAGAGCACUGUCGCUUGGUGCCAGCUGCCCAAAGGUUGGCAUCAUGGCUAUGUCGCUGCCGCUUUAUAGGGUUAUGAACAUUUCUUUUAUAUGGGGUCCGGAACUACAACCAAAGUUGCUUAGGCUCUUAUUACUGGCGGUACUGAUGAUUACAGCCUUCGGGCCUAUGGACAGACGUUUUAUGUUCACGGGUCGCUGGCCGGCUUGGUGGGGUUUCUGUCUUGUAUUGUUAUAUUUGCAUGGCAUGACGCGGCGCCUUUUGACCUGGUGUGUCCCGGGAGCGUGUUAUCAUCGUAUCAAAGAUUGGUGCUAACCCAAAUGGGCCUAGGGAAUUGUGCGGCGCGGCAUUUCUGUGGCGCAUUGCUGUGGUGGUGACGAAGCCUUCCUGACACCUUGGUCAGCCUUCCUGUCAACUCUGGUGGGACGGCCGUCAACUUCAUGAAGCCCGGGUGCGCGUGUAUGUUGUGAAAACUGGGCGCGAGUAGGAGCGUACCGGAUUGUUGGAAGGUGGUGUCCCCGCCAAAACGCUACGGGAGACGAGGAGUGCAUGUGCGAGUGUAUGUAUGUGGCGUUUGCAUGCUGCUGGCACGCACGUGGGAGGUGAUGGUGGGUGGUAGCGUUUCCUGGGUGCGUGUUGGUGGUAGCGUUGCAUGGGCGCGGCGUGUUUGUGUGUCGUGGCAUGUGUUGUGAGGCGCGUUGCUGCGGCGGUGUGGUCCCAUGUGAAUAGCAUCGGAACUUACAGGGUUGUGAACCGGACCGCACGCACGCACUUGCGGAUUGUCAUUAUACUUUGGGCAUUUUGCACCUAUGUAUGAUAGGUCGUUGGUGCCGGGAGGGCAGCAGCAGCAGGGUUUGUAUUGCUCGGAUCUUUGGGUGGGUUUCUCUUCAAGGCAUGAGUGGGGUUGUGCGUGUUGGCAGGUGCGUGGAACUCCAAAGGCGUAGUAACGAAUGGGGAGACUCUAGGCCAGCGCCUACAUUUUGAUGUGGAGCAACCGGUUUGUGUUGGUUCGGGCAUGGUUGAGGGUUUCGUGAUGUGGGGUUCCUCGGACCAUGACGGGGCGAGGUUGUUGAACAACGUCCUCACGGGUGUUUGCGUCGAUGGAUGCUAGCGCAUGGGGCUAGAGGGGUGUGGCGGCUGGCCCAGAUAGUCGUAGCCGACGCUUCGUCGCUACCAACUGUCCAGUGUGACCAGUGUCCCAGUGCGGGUUGGUUUCUUCCUAACCCCCAGCGAGGGUCCUGUGCAGGAGAGGCGUGUGUUGCCUGUUCCAGCACCGCACUAUGUGUGGGAUUGGGGCUCCGCUGGCAGGGCUGCUGUUACACCAGGAGGCGUCUGCCGAUAUACGCAUUUAUUGCUCUCCACAUAAAGCGAUGUUGCUAAGCCUCAUCGUUUCUCCUCCUGCUGUGUUUUUAAACAAGCCCAUAAUUGCUAAAAGCGACGAAGCGACCCGAGUCGCGUUUACCGUACGCGACUCCGUAAUGUGUGUAGGAGGGCCACCCGCCUUUUCGCAUCAAGCCUGAACAUGCCGCACUGCUUGUUAUAGUCUACAUAUGAAUCAUGGCCGGCCCCCCUUUUCAAUGCUCAGCAUACAUUUGUAACGCAGGAGGUUGACAAAAAGGCACUCGGACUUGCAUUGAGGCCCUCAGUAUGGGCAAUAUACUAUGCCUUUCGGGACAGACGGAUGCGGGGUUGGCUGCAAUUAGCAAGGAUAUUCCUGUCCAGCCAACAAAGGAGCCACUGACUCAGUCCUCGAGACAUUCGAACAUUCCCUGUUUAGAGGUUAUUGGAAUUUCUGGUAGGACCAUCGACGACGAGGAAGAGGGGCGGAAGCUAGAAAUGGGAGACUUGAGUCACCAAGGUUGUCCGUCAGCCGCAAACAGCAGCUCACAACACUUGCUUAUCACGACCAAUUCCCUGAUACCACCUACACCAGUGGGAACGGAAAACGUCAUAUUUCAGUCGCCGGAGCAAAUGAUGGAGGAUGUCCAACUAUUAGAGCCAAUUGGCUCGGGUGGCUUCGCUAUUGUGUAUAGAGGUGUUUAUCAAGGCGGCGACGUGGCUGUCAAGAUUGCGGUCACAAACACCGUAGACCGAAGUGGACUACGCGAAGCCCUUGUUAGCCCACAACUUCGUCAUCCCCAUGUCGUACAAACGUACGUCACCCGUGGUGCGAUGCUGACGGCUGAGCACAUAGAGGAGGUGUACGGCAGUGCGGGAUCGGCAGCACCGGCAACCCGGCGUCAGCUGCAGUCGCUGUCCUCAACCGUAUCAGAGGAUGGUCUGGGCGCCCCGCGCAAGGCCUCCCACGAGCAGCAGGACUGGCGGGAGGUGCUGCUGCGGAUGGGCGCAACACCCGACCGCUGCCUGGUCAUGCUGGUGCAAGAGCUUUGCGAAGUGGGUAGCUUGGCUCGCGCCAUUCGCCAGGGCAUUUUUAAAUCCAGAGCGGCUGUACGAUCGGAUCUGGUGGCUCGUCGGGUACUGCUGCGUACGGCAGCUGAGAUCUGCCGCGGCAUGAUCCACCUGCAUUCGGCGUCAGUCGUGCACGGUGACCUUAAACCCGCCAAUGUGCUUCUGGCUCGCUCUCGAGCUGACCGGAGGGGAUUCGUAGCAAAGGUUGCUGACUUUGGGUUAUCACAUCUGCUCCAAAGUGGUGCUAGCCGAGUGGAGUCCGCGAGUUGGGGUACCGUGUCGUACGCUAGUCCGGAGAGCUUCAACGGCACCCACUCCAAGAGCUCUGACGUCUACUCGUUCGGUGUCCUGCUCUGGGAGAUGCUCACUGCGAAGCGGCCGUACGAAUCACACACGGCAGUCCAAAUCAUGAUGGGUGUGAGUCUUCAGGGGCUGCGCCCCGAGUGGCCCGAGGCGGAGUGGCCGGAGCUGUGUGCCCUGGGUGCGCGCUGCCUGGCUCAGCAGCCGCAGCAGCGACCCAGCUUCCGGCAGCUGGAGCGGGAGCUGGUGGCGCUGGAGGAGGGGCUGAGGGAGGAGAGCAUCCGCCGGUCCGCAGAGCGCUCCCGGCCCUCCGCCUCGCAGCAGGGGCAGGGGCAGGGCCAGGGGCAGGGGCAGCAGCCUGGGCUGUCCUCACAGGAACUGACACCUCGGGCCUCACUGGAGCUGCAGCCGUUACGCGACGGGAUUGCAGCCGGCGGCAGCGGUGGUGGCGGCAGCUGCCGAGGCGGCAAGAAGCCACCAGCUGAGAGGGCUGUCAGCAGUGACAAAGGCGGCGGAGGCGACGGCGGUGUCAGCAGUCUUCCGGCCCUGCCAAGUACACCGGGGGUGCCGGAGGCAGCAGCGGCUGCUGCGUCCCCCUUGUUGCAACGACUGAGGAUGCAUGGUGGCGGCAGCGGUGGCGGUGACAGCAGUGGUGUCGCUGGUAGCGGCGACGACAGCAAGGGUGGGGUGUACGGACGGGGAGGGGGCGAUGCUGCUGCGGCCCGCAGUACUUGCUGCGACCUCACUGACAAGGAGCUGGCACAGCUGGGGGACUACCGCUGCAGCCCUGAUGCAGAUGUGGUUGUUCGGGGGGGCUUUGCAACAGACUACGGCAGUGCUGGUAAAGCCCUCGGGUGCAGUACCGGCGGUGUUGAUAAGGGCACCGCAGCAACCGCAGCAGUAGCAGCAGUUGCACCUGCUAGCAGCGAUGCCAACGGCAGUCAUCCCAGCGUUGCUGACAUCUGCGGCGCCUCCCUGCUGUAUGUAAGCCCCACUGCGGCGGGAACUGCUGCUGCUUCCGGUAAUGCUGCUGGCACAGCCACCAAGGAUACCCUCGUCGACCCCUGCGCCGCCUCCGCAACUCCAACCUCAACUUCGACCACCCCCAUUACUACCGCCAUUGCUGGUGCGGCUCCUCCGGCUGCUGAUCCUGCCCCUGUCGCUCUGUCUGAGCAGGAAGCCAGGGGCACCAGGGCAGCAGUAGCAGCACCCGUGUGGGGUGUGUACGGCAAACCCAGCACAUCAUGGGAUAGUAGUGUCGUACGCUGCAGCUACAAUGGCAGCCAUGGAAACGGCCAGGCUUCCUGCCUGAAAGGCAAGCAUGGAGGGCAAGAGGUACGUGCCAUGGAGGAAUCGCCGCCACUUUGGGCAGCAUCCGCUUCGUCUGCUUCGUCUGCCGCCGUGAAUGCCAAGGGACGGGUGACCCAUGGGUCACCACCGCCGGCGACUAACCGGAAAGGACGCUGAAGGCUUCCAUGCAUGCGCCCUUGGACUGAACUGUGGAAGGGUAGCACCUGCAAUUGUGUGUUGGGUGUGCACCUGACCCAUGGGUCGUUAAAAAUCCAUGUCAUUGGCGUGUUGUAGUUCUGCCUCUAGGCGGCUUUUUCGUUUUUCGUCAGUUGGGGAGGUGUGACAUUCAGGGGUCGACAUUCCGUCAGUAUCCGAAAGCUUUAGCUGGUCUGCAGGGAAGGAAACGUACUGUAAAAUGUACUGCUAAAAGGUCGUAUGCUUUGCAUAUGUUGUACUACUAUACGUUCCAAACACUGCGCUGAUGCCAUGAUCUGUCGUACUUGGGGCUUAAAUGACGCAUGGGCGUACGGCGGCUCUCGAAUUCAAUCUAAACGGUUGCUCGUACGCACGGGGGAGGGUCGUACGAAUAACGAAGAUUUGGAGUACCACACCGCUCUGGGUAAUCCGCCUUUUGGGUUUCCGCAAGCGGUUGUGCAGAAGUGCGCUUUGCAGGAGGACUUGAUCGAACCUGUGGAUCCUGUUAACCAACCGCCAAGUACGCGCUGAUCCGCUGCAGUUGGACUUACCAGUUUCGGUUGUCGGUUGCAAUUGACUUUUGACCUCUUCACAAUUCGUGAAUUUGCACGCUUCGCUGGUGCUGUUAGUAACGCUGUAUUACCGGAUUGCCAAGCCGCUUAUGUGUGUGGUUGGGUCUUGGGCGCCGUUUGCAGCUAGAUUAGCCGCAAGCGGCUCAUGUUACAUGUUUGCUCGGGACUUCUCUCUCUAUCUGACAGUUGGACUUGUCCGCGCCCAAAUAACGGGUUUUCCUGCCGGUUCUUGUUUAGGCCGGUCCACUAAGCCAGGCGUGUGUGAAGGUGAUUGUGUAUGGUGUGCUGUUGGAAUUGAACCCUGCAAGCUGCUGCUGACAGCUCCUAGCCUGGCUAGCCGCCAACGCAUCAGAAGGCUGGUAUUACGCUUUUUUAUGCGUGCGGCUGUGAAUGCGGAUUUUUGUGCGUGUCUACAGGUGUCUAUCUUCCAGAUUAAGAGGAAGCGCAACAACAGUGACCUGUUGGCAAAAGUGCUGCGGCAGCUAUUACGAAUGCUGCUUGUCGUACGUAAUGAACGGAUUCGUCGUACAGUAAGUAUAGGAUGUCGCAUUACCGGCAAAAUUCGCGCUGCGUUCUGCGUUUUCCGUACCUAUUGCUGCAAGCGAGUCGGUUGUUUACUGUUCUUGGUAAGCAAGGAGGUCGCCGAUCCGUAUCGCACAUGGAUCACAUGGCCCUUAAGUCGUUAUGGUGUCAAAACUGCAGCAUUGCUGUCAAGAGUAGUAGCAGCAGCAGCAGUCUCACCGCGAUCUCUCUUCGUCUUGCUUCCUGUGUUAUCCGCUGUCAUACUGAUAGCUUGUGUGAGGAACGGCACAUUUGGAUAGGCAGCAGCUGUGGCCCCGCUGCAGGCGAGCGUGGGGUAUCCUUACAGGAGUUGUCGUGCCUGGAUGGCGGCGAUGAUGCCUAGCUAGCACCAUCCUGAAAGUGGUUUACUUAUGCGGAUUGUAUUUGUGCGAAGGAGGUGUAAGUAACGAGGACUCUUGAAAUCAGUAUUCUAGGGCUGCCCGGGGCAGGGGCGGGGGAUGGAGG